CCAUCGAAGGGGAAGGGGCUCCUCCAACGAUGGACGCAAACAUCGGCAUGCCAGGACGAAAAAUAAACUAGAAGGAGGAGGCGAAUGUCACGGACUGAUCAGUGGUUGUUUUUUUGGAUCGUUUUCCUUACGCAUUCAGGUUUUACGGCUCCGUCACAUACUAAAGCCACUGAUGAAAUGAAGAUCUCUCUACUUCUCGUCUCCUUGUGGUCCACACCUGGUGUUUCGUCCGGCCAACAUACAGCAGCAAAACGUACGCACUCUUGCUAAUGAAUGACGCUCGGCAAUCGGGAUCAGAUCAUGGCUGCU